GGACAAACUGAUUAAAUGAUCCUUGAUAUAAGGGUUAUCAGGGAACUUCUAGUAGCUAGCAGGAAGAAUUCUUGGGCAGAAGUUGUUCAUUGCAAGCUGGUUUGCAUGCUGACAAACAUGUUUUACGAAGUCCCAGAUGAAACUGCCAAAGCUGCUUCAAGUAGCUCACUUUUUCUUAUAGACCAGGUUGAUCUGAUUGGCGGAGUUGACUUUAUUUUCCUUGAGUAUUCCCUAGCAACAUCAAGAGAAGAAAGAAGAAACAUGUAUUUGGUGCUUUUUGACUAUGUUUUGCAUCAAAUAAAUGAAACAUGCAUAGCUGCCGGCGUUUCUGAAUAUAGUGAUGAUGAGAUUCAACCUCUUGCUGUUCUGCUUGCCCUUGCUGAUGCACCUGAAGCUUUUUACAUUUCUGUUAAGCUUGGGGUUGAAGGCAUUGGAGAACUCUUGCGAAGAUCAAUUUUAACAGCAUUGUCUAGGUUUCCUAACAGUGAACGGCUAAAGAUGCUUUUGGAGAAUAUAACAGAGAAAUUUGAUGCAAUAAUAAGUUCAUUUACACAUUUGGACAAAGAGUUCUUGCAUCUGAAACAGAUAACAAAAUCCUACAAGUCCAUAGAGAAUGUUCAAGUUUUGAGAAAUGAUGUUAGCAUGCAAACGAAGCUAGCAUGGGCGACUUUACAUUCCCUUCUUCAUUCCGAAAGAAUCACUUACCGUCAAAAUGGGUAUAUCUGGUUGGGUGACCUACUUAUCGCUGAGAUUAGUGAACAACGGGAUGCAAGUGUAUGGUCAAAUAUAAAAAAUCUGCAGCUUAAAAUUGCCAAUGCUGGGGUGGUUGAUUUAUCAGUUGCUUCAGAUGUGCCUCUGUCUCUUUGGCUUCUGUGUGGGCUUUUAAAAUCAAAGAGUAACCAGAUCAGAUGGGGUUUUCUAUUCAUUCUGGAGAGGCUUCUCAUGCAAUGUAAAUUUUUAUUAGAUGAGAAUGAAACCCAACAGUCGAGCAGUGAUCUUGGCCAUGAACAUGUAGAUAGACGGCUUGAAAAAGCAAAUGCACUGAUAGAUAUUAUGAGCAGUGCUUUGUCUUUGGUGGCUCAAAUAAACGAAACAAAUCGUAUCAAUAUUUUAAAGAUGUGUGACAUCCUAUUAUCUCAAUUAUGCCUAAAAGUCUCCCCUGCAAGUGGUAAUAAUACAUUUAAUGUUCCUGAGCGUGCCUCACGACAAAAUGGCUCUCGCUGGAAAGAUUUCAUUGAGGAGAGUGAUAACAGAUCUAGUUCCAGCAUUAGUAAUUGUUUAACAUGUGAGACAGCAUCAGUGGCGGCAUUGCUUCUCCGUGGACAGGCCAUUGUUCCUAUGCAGUUGGUUGCACGUGUUCCUGCUGCUUUAUUUUAUUGGCCAUUGAUUCAACUUGCUGGUGCUGCAACUGACAAUAUUGCACUGGGCGUUGCUGUUGGAAGCAAAGGAAAAGGAAACCUUCCUGGUGCAACUUCAGACAUUCGAGCUACCCUUUUAUUACUUCUAAUUGGUAAAUGCACUGCAGAUCCUACUGCAUUCCUUGAAGUCGGUGGAGAAGAGUUCUUUAGGGAACUUUUAGAUGAUACAGAUUCAAGAGUGGCUUAUUAUUCUUCUGCUUUUCUUCUAAAGAGAAUGAUGACAGAGAAGCCAGAGAAGUACCAAAGCAUGCUACAGAGGCUUGUUUUCAAAGCUCAACAGAGUAACAAUGAAAAGUUGUUGGAGAAUCCUUACCUUCAGAUGCGUGGCAUACUUCACUUGUCUAAUGAUCUUACAAAUUGGGUGGAGAUAUGAUGACUCUGUUUCUAACUUCAGCCACCGGGGACACUGCAAUUCUCAGAACCCGAAGUUCAUCUUUAUUGAUGCUUGAUCAAAUUUCAGGAAUAUGUUCUUGGAAUACACUUGAUUUCGUGCUUGCAAAAUAUUGUUUGGGAUCUGAUUAAUGAAGUUAGCUCAGUGUGGCAAAAGUCUGGGUUUGUUAGCUCCCUCCCUCGCCCAGAAAAAGGAAAAAAUGGAAUGAAAAUUGAGAGACUGUAGAUAUAAGAGAAAGAAACUGGAUUUUGCUGCCUAUUUCUUUAUGCACUAUGCUCCUAGAUCAGCCAACAAUGCCACCCAAUUAUUGCACCGGAGGGUUUUCAAGUUUUGCCUUCAUCUGAAGGUUGUUAUCUGGAAGCGAGUAAAUUAGAAGUUAGAGAUAGAGUGCAAGAUGGCAAGGAAAAAUCUUUUGGAGCUACUGAGUGAUUAUUAAUUCAUCUACUUUUUCCUUCUACUGCCAAACGGUGCAACUUAAGGCAGGGGAGCAUAUCUUCAGCAAUUAUUGGCGUCAUGGUGUGCAUUACAUUCAUCCAACAUUUCUGGGCUUACUAUAUGAGAGAAUCCUUUGUAUAGUAUUGGACUUCCUCUUGGCCGUUCUUUGUGUUUUGGUAUUCAUUAGGGCAAAGUUAUUACUGGCUACUUUUUUACAGCCAUCCUUUACAGUAAUAAAAACCUCUAGUUUUUAGCUAAGUAGAGGUUCAUUGCCGUGGUAGCAGCUGGAUCCUGUUCUUUUAGUGGAUAGGACCUAAAGGCCAUAAAAGAUUGGAUUGGGUCACAAGGCUCUCCAAUUCCACCGAUAAAGAUAUCAAAUCCUUUCCAGGGGAAGCUUUCGGAGUUUCCCUAGUAUAUUAAGUUUUGUUUUCUUUUUCUUUCCUUGUUCUUCCCAGCUUAUACAUAGUUCAAUAUCAGUUUUGUUGGACUUUGUAAAUAUAUGUAAUUUUGUUCCUUAUUUUUUUUUUUGGCCGAUUUUUUGAUAACCAAUCUUGUUGUAUCAUGGUUGAUGAGAAAUCUCCUUCAUGUAUGAUUUUUUGAGUGAUUGAUUAUGAGUAAAAAUGCAAUUUUGAUG